GGCCGGUGUCCUUCGGACUGGGGCUCGGGGCGGGGGUCGCGGGUGCUGGCUGCGGCGGCCCCGGCGCCAUGUUCGGCUCCAUCCGCGGCGGCGUGCGUGGCGGGCAGGACCAGUUUAACUGGGAGGACGUGAAGACGGACAAGCAGAGAGAGAACUACCUGGGCAACUCGCUGAUGGCACCCGUGGGCCGCUGGCAGAAGGGCCGCGACCUCACCUGGUACGCCAAGGGCCGGGCGCCGCGCGCGGGGCCGAGCCGCGAGGAGGAGCUGGCGGCCGUGCGGCAGGCGGAGCGCGAAGCGCUGCUGGCCGCGCUCGGCUACAGGAACGUGAAGAAACAGCCAACGGGCCUGAGCAAGGAGGACUUCGUGGAGGUCUGCAAGCGAGAAGGAGGCGACUACGAAAAGGGCGUGGACCGGCUGCUGGGGCUGGGCAGCACCAGUGGCUCCGCGGGCCGCGUGGCACUGUCCCGGGAGGACAAGGAGGCCGCCAAAUUGGGGCUGUCGGUGUUCACGCACCACCGCGUGGAGAGCAGAGGGCCCAGGUCCUCCCCAGCCUCGGCCAGGAGGAAGCUCCGCGCGGAGGACAAGGCGGAGCCAUGCUCUGAGAGCCACAGGAAAAGCAAGAAAGAAAAGAAGAAAAAGAAGAAAAAGAAACACAAGAAAGAGAAAAAAAAGAAAGACAAAGAGCACAGGAGGGAGGCCAGCACCUCCUCCUCAUCCCCAGCUCCUGCACGGCCCCGCAGGCAUGACUCUGACUCCUCCUCCCCCUGCUGCAAAAGGAGGAAGAGGGGACACAGCAGGGAUAGUGGGAGGAGCCUGUCCCACCAUCGGCACGGUAGGGACUCUGAUGCCUGAGAGCACGCUGCUGGACCCACAGACGCCAGAGCCCAGAGCAUGUGGAGCCCUUUGAGGACUGGGCUCCCGAGUGGACAUUCCCACCCUGACCCCCCCAGGGAGGCACUCCUCAUGGGCCAGGCCUGCCUGUGGGCAUGUGAGGUGGGGCGAGGCAGGCAGCUGAUCUGUGGAUUGCUCCUGAGCAUGUGCCUGCUGAUGCCUCCUGGGCCUUGGGAGCCACUGGCCGGCUAAGGAGGGGCCUACUUUGGGGAAACCCCUCCAGGUCACUGUGACUGGGGUCUGCAGAGCCCGGCCUGGCUGCCUGCAGAGCCCAGUGGGUUCUCUGAGGGCUCUGCUAAAUGACCCCUAGCUCCCCAGGUGAAGGUAAGCCUGCUUGGAAAUUUCCAGCAGAGACCAGACUCCUCCCUGUCCUGUCCCGUCCUGUCCUUGCUACAGCAGCCCUGGGCUUCUCUCCUUCCUGCCCCUGCCAAGAGGUUUAGCUUGGACCAAAUAUGGUUACUUCUAUUUUUCCUUUAUAUGGACUCACUUUUUGUACUUAAAUAAAUUUAUUUUAAAAGGAAA